AUGUGGUCGAUUGAUAGUCUAUUUCUUUUGUUACUGCCAGUAGUUCAUACCGCGUUUACCCCGCACUUUAACAAAUGGCUGGGAAAUUUCUACGGUCCACAGAUUCGAGAUCAAUUGGAAAGAGUAGACCUUGGACCGAAAGGAUCGUAUGGAGGGAAAAUCGAUGAUGCGGAUGCGCCGAUCAAUCAGCCGGUGAUCUUUGUGCACGGGGUUUCCGAUAUGGCUGGAGAGAAACCGACCGAGGCGGCCAAUUGGUUCAAAACCAAUGGUGGCUAUAAGCAGUCGGAGCUCUACUCGACCACGUAUUUCAAUGGAGCACAAGGGAAUCCCCUGAAAUGGGUCGAGUACUCGAUGAAAUGCGAAUAUGUGAAACAGGUAAGAGCCUUGAUCGUUGCUGUUCGUCUUUACACUGGUCGUCAAGUGGACGUGGUCGGAUUCUCGUUGGGAGUCCCUGUCUCACGAAAAGCAAUCCUUGGAGGGCACUGUGUUGACACGGGCGAGUUCCUGGGAGGUCCAUUGACAAAGUUCAUCGACACUUACGUGGGUGUGGCUGGGCCGAAUCACGGAAUCGCGUUGCAGGUG